UUGUUCUUUUUACGAGCGAAUGCAUGGACUAUUGUUGCCUGGGAAUAGAAUGAGCAGCGUUUUUCCGUCUGCUAAAUGGGGAUGAUAUUUUUUUCGGACGAUUUAAAGAGCCGCCUUCAAGCGGACAGCUUCAGGUAUAUCGAGAAGCCGCUUGAAGUUCGCCGUGUACAAGGCCGGGGAAAUUUAAAAAAUCUACUUUUUCCGGAAGUACAAUAUAGGUAGGUAUGCAUGGUAGCGUAGGUAGGUGCUUUGUUGUCAAAACAAUUGAGACUUUUUGCUCCGGUUAACGGCCGGGUUGAUGGAUAAUCCUGUGUACCGCGGGCCGAGUACUUUCGAAAACGGAGCCGAAUCUGAAGCUGAGUACGAGAUAAUCUACGGUUUGAUGCAGAUGUAAACGCAAAUGAACGCUGCGGUUAACGUUGUUUGGAUUCGAGAGCUCAACGAUUUCGAGUUUACUAGUUUACACGGUUGAUUAAACCAGGAACAAUGAAUAAGGAGAAAAAGAUUGACAAUAAAGCUGCCAAACCGCAUGGAUUCAAGAGACAGCUCGAGGCUGACAAGAUCAUUGGAGCUACUGAGUCCAAUGGAGAACUGAUGUUUCUUAUGAAGUGGAAAGGAACUGAAGAGACUGAUCUUGUGUCAGCCAGAGAGGCUAAUGUGCUCUGUCCUCAAGUUGUGAUACAAUUUUAUGAAGACAGGCUGAUUUGGCAGACUGCCAAGUCAACCGCACAAUGAGGCAACAAACAAUAAUAAUGUGAGGAAUACUGUUGGUGUUCUUGACUUCUUUUUAAAUUUAAACAAGAACCUCACUUUGGUUUUUACAGGUAUCAUUAUUGUUGAGAGUAGGAAAUUGUAUAUAUUUAAAAAUACCAAUGUUGGUCAACAAACAAGGCAUUAGCUAUAAGAAUCUUCCUUUGGAAGAAAAAGUUAGUUUUGAAGAUUUUAAGAUUUACUGGAACUGUUUUCUUAUACUCAGCUGUAGAAAUGUUUGGAAGUUUUUUAUGAGGACUAGUUUUCUAUCAAUUAUCUAUUGCAGUUAGAUUAUAUUCAAACACCAUUGAGACCCACUCACUUACAAGCUUGAUUGAUUGUUUAUUUUGAACUACUUUUUACCUGAUUCAUAAAUCUAGUCAUCCUUUGUAUUGAUUUCUAUUAGCAAAACUUUUAAAGUUCUUGCAACGUUCCUGUUAAUUUUACAAAACACAAAGAUGUCUUGUUGGAUAAACAGAUUAUGUACUUUUUUUUAUUGAUACAGUCAGAGUCAAAGGUAAUAUAUAUAUAGUAAAGCUUGUAAAAACGUCAUCUUAUGCAAAAGUAAUAUAUACAAUCCCUUCUAGUUGAUAAUUGCUUUUGUAAAUUGUUGCUCUAAAUUAUAUUUACAAAUUUUUAAUUUGUACUUUUGUAUAAUGUAAACUGAAGUACUAUAUGCCUGGAGAAAUAUAUUUUAUUUUUUUAAAUUAUUCUACUACCAGCUCUCAGUCAACCUUUUACAAGUGACAAAGAUAUUUCUCCUUGUACAUUGCAUACAAUGAGUUAGAGCGCUUUAGUAAAAAUUAAAAAAUAUAUAAUCAAAAACAACGUGUGAUGUGAUAAAAAAUAUUUAUAAUUAUGCUGCCAUUUCAUUUUAUACAAUUUUGAAUUACAAAUCAAUUAUGUUAAUAUUAUAUUUUUACAGUGUGUUCAGUCUCGGAAAACAUACAAAAAUUAUUUGAAUGUAGAAAAUGUUUACAAAAUAUCAUUUUAUUGUAUCUCGGAAUUUUCAAUAUUCUUCUUAAUAUAACUUUGAUGUUCGAUCAUUGAAUUUAUGUAUAAUGGCAUUUUUAUAUACAUAUACAAUAUGGUUAUAAAAAUAUCAUAGACAAUUAUACACUCAUUGUUGCUUAUAAUCUUGACAUUUAAAUACAUUUUCAUUAAACUAGA